ACUAACGCAGUUUGUUUCAAAAUGUAUUCGAAGGUAGUUAGUUUGGUGUUUGCGGCAUGUUUUUCUGUGGCUUUAACCAAUAAAUAUCGUGAAAAUUCGGAGGAAUCUUUUGAUAGAAAAGAGAGUGAGUUGUCGUCUUCAGUGUUUAUAGAAUACAAAAAUCCUUUAAUCGAUAUAUCGAGCGGGAAGAUCCAAGGACGAGUUUUGGAGACAGUGGAUCAGCAAAAGGUUUACUUUGCAUUUCAGGGAAUCCCCUACGCACAACCACCUGUCGGAAAUUUGCGUUUUAGCGAACCAUUACCACCAAUAAAUUGGAAUGAUACGCUACUAACCGUACAGGAUGGGCCCCGCUGCAUUCAGUUUAUCUCCAUAGCUGGAUCAGAAGAUUGUUUAUAUCUAAACGUAUUUACACCCAAGUUACCACGAAAGGACGUAAAGGAACAAAACAAAGAUCUGCUGUUACCUGUCAUGGUGUGGGUUUAUGGUGGUACAUUUGUUAAUGGGGAAGCUACCGUCAAAAGUUUCAGCCCUGACUAUCUAAUUGAAGAAGAUGUAAUUAUUGUCACCUUCAAUUAUCGAGUAGGAGUAUUUGGUUUCCUGAGCACUGGAGAUUACGCUGCUACAGGAAAUUGGGGUCUAAAAGACCAAAUCCUGGCUUUAAAGUGGGUUAAAGAAAAUAUCCAAAAAUUCUCAGGAGAUCCAGAUAAAAUAACUUUGUUUGGUCAAAGCGCAGGCGCUGCAUGCGUCUCUUUACUAAUUCAAAGUCCUCUUGCCACAGGCUUGUUUCACGGGGCUAUAAUGCAAAGCGGAAGCGCUCUAAAUUCUUGGGCACAUGCCCAGUUUCCAAGAAAAUCUGCAUUCGCUAUUGGGCGACUUUUAGAUAUCAAAACAAACGACUCCUCUGUUUUGAUCGAGCAGCUAAGAAAAAUCGACCAUAGGACUUUGCAAACUACAUCUACGUCCACUAAUUUAGGGGAAACAAUUUUUCAUAAUCCCUUAGAUGGCUUGGUAUUUGCCCCCACUGCAGAAGUACAUCAUCCCGGGGCAGUUUUCGCCAACAAAAGUCACGAAGCAUUAAAAGACGGAAAUAUUAAUCGAGUACCCAUCAUAAUAGGGUUUAACUCACAGGAAGCGAUUCCAUUUGUUGAUGUUUUAAAAUACCUGAAGCCAUACCUCGCAACUUACGAUCUAUUCGCUACUCGUUUAGUGACAGACAGUUUAAACAUAAAAUCCUUUAUUAUAAAGCUGGUGUUGGCCAGGCUGAUACGUUUGAAGUACUUCGGAUUGAUACCUAUUGUAUUCUCAACUAGCCAGCUAACCCAAUUUGUUUCAGACGACCAGUUCGUUAGACCUAUCUACGAAUAUGUUAGACAAUCGUCGAAAUAUAAUCCAGCGUAUUUUUAUAUUUUUUCAUACGAAGGACCUCUCGGUGUGGACGGCAAGAAAAGAAACCAACCAGGUGUAGGGCAUUCUGAAGAUAACAACUACCUAUGGAACAGAGAUACUAACAUUAAAAAUCCUCCAACAGAAGACCUAUUAACCAGGAAGCGUCUAGUAAAAUUCUGGACUAAUUUUGCAAAAACAGCAAAUCCUACACCAGAAUUCGAUCCGAUACUACAGAACGUCACUUGGUCACCAACUAACAUCAAAGGAAUGGUGUACCUGAACAUCAGCUCGAAUUUGCAAAUGAACACCGAUUUUUCGAAAUACAGUAUUAAAUUUUGGAACUUCAUUUUCAACUCGUACGGAGAACAACCAUAUGAUACGUACUAGUAUUUAUAAAUGUCUUAUUAUUUCAAAAAAAAUAAAACUAGUAAAAACGAACUAUGCAAAAUGCAAACCAUCUUUUAUUUUUAAUUUUGUUUUAGGUAUCUAUUUUAGU